AUGGCGGCCAUGGCUGCGGAGGCGGCAGCUACUGCAGCGGUGCCGGGCGAUGGGGGGGCUGGAGAAGCUGAUCCCGAGAUGGAGCCUAUCCCGGGCAGCGAGGCCGGCGCGGACCCUCUCCCUGCCGUCACUGAGGCCGUGGAGUCAGUGGUGCCUGACGGGGAGGAGGCCGAUGGGGGAAAGGUUGCUCCCGGCGAGGCCGAGGAGCCGCCGCUUGUGCAGCUCGCCCGGAGCCCGGCCGGGACUCAGGAGCCGGAAGCUGAGAGGACGGAGAAGAUGCCGCCCUCCACCCCGGAGGUGGACUCGCCCGAGGCCGAGCACCGGCGAGCGCCUAGCCCAGAGUCUGAGGAGGAGCCGCAGCCCUGCCCGCCGCCUGCUGGGCACCCUGAACUUCCCGAGGAGGAGCCGCAGCCCUGCCCGCCGGCUACUGGGGGCUCCGCGGAGCCGGAGCCCGGGGAGGAGCCGUCCCGGCCGGAGGAGGAGGAGCCGGAUACUGGUGAUGCCGCCGCUGUCGAGCCCAAGUCCCCGGUGCCUGUGCCUCCGGUCGGAGGGGAGGCGGAGGCUGCGCUGCUGCCUGGCUCCGAGGUGCGGGUCACCCUGGAUCACAUCAUUGAAGACGCCCUGGUGGUCUCGUUCCGGCUGGGAGAGAAGCUUUUUUCUGGGGUCCUCAUGGACCUCUCUAAAAGGUUUGGACCCCAUGGAAUUCCUGUGACCAUAUUUCCUAAAAGGGAAUACAAGGACAAACCUGAAGCCAUGCAGCUCCAAAGCAAACCAUUCCAAGACGAGGCACAGGUGAAGUGUGAAUCUAAUGCUGCAGUCCCUGAUGACUCUUCUCUCACGCAGCCAUCAGAACCUAGCAUAGCUAAAAGCCUAUGGACUUCUAAACCACCUCCUCUCUUUCACGAGGGAGCGCCAUACCCUCCUCCUUUGUUUAUCAGGGACACGUAUAACCAGUCAAUACCUCAGCCUCCACCCCGGAAAAUUAAGCGACCCAAGCGUAAAAUGUACAGGGAGGAACCCACUUCUAUUAUGAAUGCUAUCAAACUACGACCCCGGCAGGUCUUAUGUGACAAGUGCAAAAACAGUGUUGUUGCAGAAAAAAAGGAAAUAAAAAAAGGUGGCAAUGCAAGUGACUCUUCAAAGUAUGAGGAUAAUAAAAAACGAAGAAAUGAGAGUGUGACUACUGUGAAUAAAAAACUUAAGACUGACCAUAAAGUGGAUGGAAAAAGCCAAAAUGAAAGCCAGAAAAGGAAUGCUGUGGUCAAGGUUUCAAAUAUUGCCCACAGCAGAAGCAGAGUAGUUAAAGUUUCUGCACAAGCAAAUACUUCAAAAGCGCAGUUAAGUACAAAAAAAGUUCUCCAGAGCAAAAACAUGGAUCAUGCAAAAGCUCGGGAAGUCUUGAAAAUGGCCAAAGAAAAGGCACAAAAGAAGCAGAGUGCAACCUCCUCUUCCAAAAAUGCACAUUCAAAGGUCCACUUCACACGGCGUCUUCAGAAUACCAGCUCAGGUUCCCUCCCACCUCGAUUGCGUUUAAAGCCACAAAGGUAUCGGAAUGAAGAAAAUGACUCUUCUCUCAAGACAGGACUUGAGAAAAUACGGAGUGGCAAGAUGGCAACUAAGCCCCAGUCUCGCUGCUCCUCCACCCGCUCAGCAGGUGAGGCCCCUUCAGAAAAUCAGAGCCCCUCAGAAGGCCCUGAAGAGGCCAGCAGUGAGGUUCAGGACACAAGUGAAAUGCAUGUAACUGUUGAUCAGGAUGAACACCAGACAUUGGGCAAGAGAGGCAGCAAAAGCAAUAUAACGGUUUACAUGACCCUUAAUCAAAAGAAAUCUGACUCUUCCAGUGCAUCAGUUUGUAGUAGUGAUAGCACAGAUGAUUUGAAAUCUACCAACUCUGAGUGUAGCUCUACUGAAAGCUUUGAUUUUCCUCCAGGCAGCAUGCAUGCACCUUCCUCCUCCUCCUCCUCCUCCUCCUCUUCAAAGGAAGAGAAAAAGCUCAGUAAUUCCUUGAAAACGGAAGUCUUUUCCAAAAACGUCUCUAAAUGUGUCACACCAGAUGGCAGGACCGUAUGUGUAGGGGACAUUGUUUGGGCCAAGAUUUAUGGCUUCCCUUGGUGGCCAGCCCGUAUCCUUACCAUAACUGUGAGCCGGAAAGAUAAUGGCCUUUUAGUUCGACAGGAGGCUCGUAUCUCGUGGUUUGGCUCCACAACAACAUCUUUUCUUGCUCUUGCACAACUCUCCCCCUUUUUAGAAAGCUUCCAGUUGCGCUUUAAUAAGAAGAGAAAGGGUCUUUACCGCAAGGCCGUCACAGAGGCAGCUAAGGCUGCUAAGCAGCUGACUCCCGAAGUUCGGGCCCUGCUGACACAGUUUGAAACGUGA